AUGAGUUAUAAACAAGUUAUCAGCGGUAUUGUUGGCGGCGGUAUUGCUGGUGCACUACUUGCGAAGGGAGUUUCAAGCGUACCUUCUGUGAACCCUCCUGGAUCCCCGGUUACUGAUGGUGCGCUCGUUGACCCUGCAGGAUUCUUCAAGUAUGGGUUCCCAGGUCCGGUGCAUGAUCUACAAACUCGCGAUAGUUUUGUCUCAUGCUAUGACAGACGGAUGCGCAAUCCAUACUGGGUAGUUGAGCACGUGACGGCCCAGUCGCUGGCGACCAAGAAUGGCUCGCGCAAAAACUCUAUCUUUAAGGAAGAUGAGGAGAUUCCGGAGACCUUCAGGGCCCGUUUACGUGAUUACUUCAGAUCUGGAUACGACAGAGGACAUAUGGUUCCGGCUGCCGAUUCGAAAUUUAGCCAGAAAGCGAUGGAUGAGACUUUUUAUCUGACGAACAUGAGUCCCCAAGUUGGCGAUGGUUUCAAUCGGGAUUAUUGGGCUCGGCUUGAGGACUACUGCAGGCGUUUAACAUACAAGUAUGGGAGCCUCCGCAUCGUGACCGGGCCUCUCUACCUACCUAAGAAAGAUCCUGUUGACGGAAAAUUCAGAGUGACAUAUGAAGUUAUCGGCAACCCACCUAGUGUGGCAGUCCCAACACAUUUCUUCAAGUUAGUGGUAGCAGAGUCCGAUAAGUUGUAUGCCACCGCCUUCGUAUUGCCGAAUGAACCGAUUCCUGAAGAUACUAAGCUGGGCUCCUUCGAAGUUCCAAUCAACGCGUUGGAACGUUCGACUGGUUUACAAUUCCUACAAAAGGCACAGUAUGCACACUUGCCACUAGAGGAGGACUUAAUGAAGGUAAUCCCCUAUGAACCUGCCGCGAUAAAUGGCAAGGUAUAG